AUGACGCCAUAUGAGGCUUUAUAUGGUAGGCCAUGUAGAUCUCCUAUCUGCUUGGCAAAAGCUAGAGAUAAGGUAAUAUUCUCUCCUGAUUUCGUUCAGGAGGCUACUAAGAAGAUUUCGAUUAUCAGGGACAGGAUUCGAAAGGUCUCACCCAUGAAGGGUAUGGUGAGAUUUAGCAAGAACGGGAAGUUAUCACCAAGGUUUGUCAGACCUUUUGAAAUUCUUGAGAAGGUAGGAGAUUUGGCUUAUAGGCUUGCCUCACCUCCUAUUAUAUCUAGUGUGCAUAAUGUGUUCCAUGUGUCCAUGAUGAAGAAGUAUAUCAAGAAUGAGGCACAUGUGAUCGAUUAUGGUACGAUUGAGAUGAAUGCGGAUACUACCUUUGUUGUUGAACCUAUUCAUAUUUUAGAUAGGUCAAAGCAACUUCGAAGGAAGGAAGUUUACUUGGUCAAGGUAUUGUGGAGUCACCAUGACGAGGAUGAUGCUUCAUGGGAGUUGGAAUCUAUAAGAGCGAAGUAUCCACAGUUGUUUGAUGAUUAG